AUGCUCAUGGCCCUGCUGAUGGCCGUGUUUUUGGUAUGGUAUGUUGGCGACCUCCAGAUCGAUGGCCACUUGCCCUUGGCAAAUACACCCUUGGCCAACUGCAAGGCGUUCGGGCUGUGGAUGCGCAUUCUCAUUGGCGUGUGCGGCAUGCUCUCUCUGAUUGCGUUGAGAGCGUACGGUCUAUACCGCGUAUUCGUCUUGAACCGUCCGUAUCACAGUUUGGCGCUUUACCUACCGUUUGCCAUCUACUGGGUGUGCAUAUCCGCUUACGGUAUUGCGAUUCAGACGCUGAAUCCCUCCAAGACAACCCACUAUGUACCAGGGCUUGACAUUUGUGACAUUAAUUCUGGAUUUAAAAUAUCCAUGUUUGUGGUUAUGUGGAUCAGUCUUUGCAUCGUCAUGUUUGGGCACUGGAUGAUCCGCAACAUCAAGAGCUCGUUUAAUGAGAGCCGCGAGAUGGUGGUUACAUGCUCGAUUCUUUUUGCUGUACUCAUCUACGAGACCGUGAUCAACUACGUGCGGCCGAUGUAUCCAUUGAACGUGAGCCUGCGUAUAGUAACCACAGUGUUGAACCACUUUGCAACCAAUUCGCUAUGGUGGACCAUCAUGGCAGUGCCCAUGUACAAGUCUAUCUUCCAGCGGCAGCGUUACUUAAACCAAUGGAUCUUCAAGCUGCGCAUGGACGGUCUGCAGAAGGAGUACGAGGUAGACUCGGACAAAAUCCCUACCAAUCACCACAGGUCGCUGCUCAUGACAAGCACCACGGGGAGCAAGGAUGGAGGAGAGUUUUAUCCAAUAGAUAAUUGCAUCUACGAAAACAACGUCGUUGUUUCUAGACGUAAUCCCCAUGCAUCUUUAUCCCAGUCAUCCGAAAGCCCAUUAUUCACAAAUGGAGUUAGUGCAUAUGAUCAGGCCAGACGGGGGCAGCACACCGGCGACGCAGUCAGGGACGGCCUUCCUCUACAGAAUCAGUCAAUUUCGCCUAAACUCGCGCCGCAGCUGUACACGCCGAUAUCGUUCCCCGAAGAUCCAGUCAUGGUACGGAUCAAGCCAGGCGCGGCUCAAAGAGGGAAUUCGAACCAUUACGACGCCAACGAUCGGUAUCUCAUUUAA